AUGACCGAGACUGAGAAGCGAAUACAAAGUCCCGUACAGGCCUUCAAAGAAACAACUCUUCCUGAAGAGGAAAAGACCAACCGAGUGGCCGAACUAGCCAGACAAUUAGAAAAGACUCUUGAUGUAAAUCACUUUCUGAACACUCGUUUUAAUCGGCACAAUCAUUCAUUAUGUGAGAGAUUGCGCAAGGAGCGAGAGGCCGCGAAGAAGGAAGAGUAG